ACUAUGAAAUUAUGCAAAAUAGUCAAAGUGAGAAAUUCUUGUGGCCCAAACAAGCCACAAAAAUGGCUAUAUAAACUAAAUGUCCCACACAUCAAUUCCUUCAUUUACAGGACUUCUCUUCCCCACUAACACAAAAAAAGUUAGAUGAUCAUACAAAGAAUCCUAUAAUCUAUAAUCAAAGAAUCCUAUAAUCUAUAAUGGCAGACCAAUCUACAACAACAACAACAGAAUCAAUGAUCAUGGCUGCCCUCUCUACACUCACCUCUUCUCAACUAACCUCACUCUCCGCCUCCCUCUCGGCCGCCUUCCGCCGCCACAACCACCACCUCGCAUCGCUCCUCACUUCCCCCACCCUCUUUGCUCACACCCUCAACCACCUCUACUCCCUUUCACUCUCUGAAAAAUCCCUCCUCAUCGCUCGCCACCUCCUCUCCUUCCUCCACCUCCUUACACCCUUCUUAUUCCCUCUGUCGUCGUCAUCACCUGUGUAUAUACCCUCCUCCAACAGGGUUCGACUUCGUGAUCUCGAUUCCGUCUUGUUACUCUUAUUCUUCUGUGAAGUUCGUCAGCACCAGCCGACAAUUCUGGAGAACGUAUCCCCUGCACGCUGGCAGGGGAUACUGAAAACGUAUGGCUCUGAUACCAUAUUAGGUAACCUAUACACAGGGUUCGCAUUAUCCCUAUCUCCCUACCAAGUGUUGGGGGCUCUAGUAGACCUGGUAGUAAAGUGCAGGAGGUUUGUCGGUUCGAAAGGGUGUGAUGGCGUUGAGGCGGGGAAGGAGGUAGCGGCAUCCGUGGACGCGGUGGUGGCGUUGCCGUCAGUCGAGAGUGGUGGUGGGGUAGAGUGUGUGAUAUGCAAAGAGGAGAUGAGUCAAGGGAGGGAUGUGUGUGAACUUCCAUGUCAACACAAAUUCCAUUGGAAGUGUGUGUUGCCUUGGCUUAGCAAAAGAAACACAUGUCCUUGUUGUAGGUUCCUGCUGCCGACGGAUGACGUCUACGGCGAGAUCCAACGGUUGUGGGAUGCCAUUGUUAAACUUGGUCUGCAGAUAUAAAUUUGGAGCUAGUUGGCUAGUUGCUAGAAUGAUAGAUUAUCUAAUUAAUCUUGUGCUCCAUAUAUAAUUUCGUGGAUACAAUUAUUAUUGUUAUCGUAAUUUAGGAAUCAAUUACAAAACUCUUAUUAUUAGGAAUAUGCAAGUCCAAUGUACAGGUUGUUCUCCUGUCAUAUACAACUACAACUAGGUGUAGUUUUUUGUCA